AUGUUGGCUUCUAGAUUUGCCCGUUCUGCUCUGAGAACCUCCCGACUCCCCGCCUUCCAGCAGCGAUUCAACUCUGGAAAGGUCCAGGGUGCCGUCAUCGGUAUCGAUCUCGGUACCACCAACUCCGCCGUCGCCAUCAUGGAGGGUAAGACCCCCAAGGUGAUUGAGAACGCUGAGGGUAACCGAACCACCCCCUCCGUCGUUGCCUUCACCAAGGACGGCGAGCGACUUGUCGGUGUCCCCGCCAAGCGACAGGCCGUUGUCAACCCCGAGAACACCCUGUUCGCCACCAAGCGUCUGAUUGGUCGACGAUUCGAGGACCCCGAGGUCCAGAACGACAUCAAGCAGGUGCCCUUCAAGAUUGUCAAGCACUCUAACGGUGACGCUUGGCUUGAGGCCCAGGGCGAGACUUACUCCCCCGCCCAGAUUGGAGGUUUCGUCCUCAACAAGAUGAAGGAGACCGCCGAGGGCUACCUCGGAAAGACCAUCAAGAACGCCGUGGUCACCGUCCCCGCCUACUUCAACGAUUCCCAGCGACAGGCCACCAAGGACGCUGGUCAGAUUGUUGGCCUGAACGUUCUGCGAGUUGUCAACGAGCCUACCGCCGCCGCUCUCGCUUACGGUCUUGAGAAGAACGACGACAAGGUUGUUGCCGUCUUCGAUCUUGGUGGAGGUACUUUCGAUAUCUCCAUUCUCGAGAUCCAGAAGGGUGUCUUCGAGGUCAAGUCUACCAACGGUGACACUCACCUUGGUGGUGAGGAUUUCGAUAUCGUUCUUGUCCGACACCUUGUUGACCAGUUCAAGAAGGACAACGGCAUUGACCUCUCUGGUGACCGAAUGGCCAUCCAGCGAAUCCGAGAGGCCGUUGAGAAGGCCAAGACCGAGCUGUCUUCCACCUCCAACACCGAGAUCAACCUUCCUUUCAUCACUGCUGACGCCUCCGGCCCUAAGCACAUCAACACCAAGCUGUCCCGAUCCCAGCUCGAGACUCUUGUCGGUCCUCUUAUUAAGCGAACCGUCGAGCCCGUCGAGAAGGCCCUCAAGGAUGCCGGUGUCACCUCUUCCCAGAUUGAUGAGGUUAUCCUCGUUGGAGGUAUGACCCGAAUGCCCAAGGUCAUUGAGACUGUCAAGUCCAUCUUUGGCAAGGAGCCCAACAAGUCCGUCAACCCCGAUGAGGCUGUUGCCAUUGGUGCUUCUAUCCAGGGUGCUGUUCUUGCCGGUGAGGUCACUGAUGUCCUCCUGCUUGAUGUUACUCCUCUGUCUCUUGGUAUCGAGACUCUCGGUGGUGUCUUCACUCGACUCAUCAACCGAAACUCUCCUAUCCCCACCAAGAAGUCCCAGAUCUUCUCUACCGCCGCUCAGGGUCAGACUUCCGUCGAGAUCCGAGUUUUCCAGGGUGAGCGAGAGCUUGUUCGAGACAACAAGCUGAUCGGUAACUUCACUCUUGCCGGUAUCCCCCCCGCCCCCAAGGGUGUCCCCCAGAUUGAGGUUUCUUUCGACAUUGAUGCCGAUGGAAUCAUCAACGUCUCUGCCCGAGACAAGGCCACCAACAAGGACUCCUCCAUCACCGUUGCCGGAUCUUCCGGUCUCUCUGAUACCGAGAUUGAGAAGAUGGUCAACGAUGCCGAGAAGUACAAGGAGCAGGAUAAGGCUCGACGAGAGUCCGUUGAGGCUGCUAACCGAACCGACCAGAUCUGCAACGACACCGAGUCUUCCAUGAACGAGUUCGAGGCCCAGAUUGACAAGGCCGAGGCCGAGAAGGUCAAGGCCCAGAUUGCUGAGCUCCGAGAGUCCGUUGCUCGAAUCCAGGGUGGUGAGGAUGUCAACCCCACUGACCUCAAGACCAAGACUGAUGCUCUCCAGGAGGCUUCUCUCAAGCUCUUCGAGAAGGUCUACAAGGACAAGGCCGCCAACAACUCUGAGAACGACGAGAAGAAGGAGUAA